GCGGGUGGGUGUUUUUUUUUUUGGACAAGUAAAUGUACCGGAGGGAGAAAGUCAAAGAAAAGAUAAGGACAUAAGAUGUCACCGGAUUUCGAGGCAACCAAAAAAAAACUCACUUCAGAUAUGAGCUCACGGAACGCGUCAAAUCAGUGGAGUAAAACCGCUACGGACCUUCUGAAUUGAUACAGAUGGUUUUGUUUUAGCUACAUUUUGUCCAGUGUUUUAUUUCGUUGGAAUAGAAGAUCAUCUGGGUGAUAUUUAUGUUGUAUUAUUUUUUUUAAUCUUGUGGUGGGGUAGAAUAGUUUUGAAUCUAUUCAAUUAUUGAAUUGAAAUAACCUGGGAAAAAUAUUAAUAUUUUUUUUUAAAGAGGAAACAAAAUACGGUGGUGAGGGAUCGAAAUCGCCGUUGUGGAGAACCCGGACCACAGACAGACCCUUCUCGGUGGAGACGCGUGUUACGCGUGAGUGGAGAAAACAGUUUGGAAAGGUACGAGGAGGACUUUAACUGAGAGUUCUUCUCUCCAAGAUCGGAAGAGUAACACUUUUCACCCAGAAACAUGGAUAUAUUAACGUGGCUGUGUGGAUGUUUACUGGCGGUUUGCUUACCACAAGUAGUUCUCGGUGAAGAAGGCAGCAAAUCGUGUGGUGGACAAGUUGAUGCCAGUGACGCCGGGUACAUCACCACCCCGGGGUACCCUCUGGAGUAUCCCCCACAUCAGAACUGUCGUUGGGUCGUCACUGCCCCAGAACCUUCCCAACGUGUCGUCCUCAACUUCAACCCACACUUUGAACUGGAGAAGCUAGACUGCAGAUACGACUACAUAGAGAUCCGUGAUGGAAACAGCGAGAAGGCAGACCUGUUGGGUAAACACUGCAGUAACAUCGCCCCUCCAGCCGUCAUAUCCUCAGGCCCCGUCCUCCUCGUCAGGUUCGUCUCUGACUACGCUCACCAGGGAGCUGGCUUCUCUCUGCGGUAUGAGAUCUUCAAGACCGGUUCAGACUGCUCCCGUAACUUCACCAGUCAGAAUGGCAUAAUUGAGUCUCCGGGGUUCCCUGAUAAAUACCCCCAUAACCUGGAGUGUUCCUUUAUUAUCAUCGUGCCCCCAGCCAUGGACUUGACCCUGACCUUCCUGACCUUUGACCUGGAGAACGAUCCCCUGCCCGGGGGAGAGGGAGACUGCAAGUAUGACUGGCUGGAGGUCUGGGACGGUCUGCCACAAGUGGGUCCUCUGAUUGGACGUUACUGUGGAACUAAGAUCCCUCCGGAGAUGACGUCGUCCACAGGAAUCCUGUCUCUGUCCUUCCACACGGACAUGGCCGUGGCCAAAGAUGGCUUCUCUGCUCGCUACAACAUGACACACAAAGAAGCCAGCGACACUUUCCACUGCAGUAACGCGUUAGGCCUGGAGUCAGGGAAGAUCUCUGACUCCCAGAUAACUGCCUCCUCAUCCUUUUACGACAACACCUGGUUGCCACGGCAAGCCCGUCUUAACAACAAUAACAACGGGUGGACCCCAAACGAGGACAGCAGCAAAGAGUUCAUCCAGGUGGAUCUCCAUGUCCUGAAGGUGUUGACGGGUAUCGCUACCCAGGGAGCGGUGUCCAAGGAGACCCAGAAGUCCUACUACGUCAUCACCUUUAAGCUGGAGGUCAGCACCAAUGGAGAGGACUGGAUGGUUUACCGAUACGGCAAGAACCACAAGGUAGGACACGUACACACGGAGACACACGGAGACACACGGAGACACACGGAGACACACGGAGACACACGGAGACACAGUGAGACACGCAGAGACACGCGGAGACACACGGAGACACACGGAGACACACGGAGACACACGGAGACACACGGAGACACACGGAGACACACAGAGACACAUGGAGACACAGUGAGACACGCAGAGACACGCGGAGACACACAGAGACACACGGUGACACACGGAGACACAUGGUGACACACAGAGACACAAGGAGACACACGUUGACACGCGGAGACACGCGGAGACACGCGGAGACACACGGAGACACACGGAGACACACGGAGACACACGGAGACACACAGUGACACACAGUGACACUAUGGAGACACACGGAGACACACGGAGACACAGUGAGACACACAGAGACACAGUGAGACACACGGAGACACACAGAGACACACAGUGACACACGGAGACACACGGAGACACACGGAGACACAAGGUUACCUGACAGACCAGAACAAAGUUACCUGACAGACCUGAACAAGGUUACCUGACAGACUAGAACAAGGUUACCUGACAGACUAGAACAAGGUUACCUGACAGACCAGAACAAGGUUACCUGACAGUUACC